AUGCGGAGAAUGCUUCCUGCCACAGAGGCGGUCAAAAUCUACCAGACAAACUAUGUGAGAAAUGCUAGAGCCAUAGGAGUCUUGUGGGCAAUUUUCACAAUCUGCUUUGCCAUCAUCACAGUGGUGGUGUUUAUUCAGCCGUACUGGAUAGGCGACAGUGUCAACACACCACAGUCUGGCUACUUUGGGCUCUUCUACUACUGCAUAGGUAACCCCAUCACCUCAGAGCUUGUCUGCAAGGGCAGCGUGCUUGACUUUAGUUCUAUUCCAUCCGGAGCAUUUAAGACUGCCAUGUUCUUUGUGGGAACUGCGAUGCUACUAAAUGUUGGAACGAUGGUCUCCUUCAGCCUCUUCUUUUUCUGCAGUGCAGCCAGUGUGUACAAGAUAUGUGCAUGGAUGCAGACUUCAUCAGCUUUGCUGAUGGUACUGGGCUGUAUGAUUUACCCUGAUGGAUGGGACUCUCCUGAGGUAAAGCGCAUGUGUGGUGAGCAGACGAGUAAGUACACACUGGGGAACUGCACGGUGCGUUGGGCCUACAUUCUAGCCAUCAUCUGCAUCCUGGAUGCACUCAUGCUUGCACUUGUGGCCUUCACCCUGGGAAACAGACAGGACAGCCUGCUACCUGAUGAAUUCCAACUGGAGGCAGAGGAAGAUUCAAAAAAAUGAAUCCAGAAGCUGUUCUGACAACUGUGAAGAUUCACAAUGAGCAUCCC